CACUAACAACCUGAACUGACGCAUCUAUACCGCGCUCUGUCUCUUAAAGCUCUACAUAAUACUGAUUCGGCCGGAGCGAAAUGUGCGCCAGAGCAUGAUGCCACCCCGCUAUGGUAACAUGCAUCGGACAGCCGGCACGGGGCCAUCCUCGAUGAUGGCCGCGGCAGUCGUGACGGCGGCCACCUGUGCACAGGAGGAGAAGAUACAGAAACAUAUCACGCCCACUGAGACAGAGCACUCGAUUAAGGCCAAGAAGCUGUGCGAGAUGGCCACACAGACGAUUGCCCUGUCUAGCAUAUUUGCAUCCCUGGACUGCAAUGCCUACAAUCAAAUACCGUAUGCCGAUCAAUAUGUGCCAACAAAUGCCGACACGCCCACUGCCAAUGGCAAUGGCAAUAGCAACGGCAAUGGCAAUGGCAAUAGCAACAGCAACGGCAAUCUCAAUGGCAUCGAUGCGAGCGAUGAGCAAGUCGUGGCCAACAACAACAAAAUCAAUCAGCAACAGCACGGCCAGCCGAAUGCAAUUGUUGCCAACACUACUAGUCCAGUGGCGACAGCAAUUGCGACGGCAACAGCAACGGCAAUAACAACAACUGCAGCAGCCACGGCAGCAGCAGAAACACCAGCAAUACCAGCAGCAGCAAUGACAACAGCAACAAUUGCUGUCGGCGCCUCGGAUGCAGCAGCCACGAUGGAAGCUGCGCCCAAUGGCAGCAGACGAGCGCCCGUGCUGCAGACCAACUUAUAGCUAAACGCACAGCAAUUGCAGCAGCAACUGCUAAAGGAGCAGCAGCGCCAACAGCAGCAACAGCAGCAGCAGCAGCCGGAUCAGCCGCAACUGGCGACCAGUGAAAGCAGCGAUGUUGCUAGCAUUGGCAGCGGCAGCGGAAGUGCCACAACAACGAUCGGAAAUGGAAACA